AUAUCAAGAUACAGGACAUUCCCAGCUCCCCCGUAGGUUGCCUGGUUCUGGGCGGCGAUUUCUGUCUGUCUUGUUCAUGUCCAGGAACCUGGCAUACAGUGGGCCUGGCAACAGUGGACACCCAGGACAUACUUACCGAGUGAAAAAAUGAUUGAAAGUGGGCCUGCUCUUUGCUGUGGACUGAGGAUGUUGUCAGAUACUCAGGAAAAUGCUGGGUGGUGGUGACAGCUCUGGCUCUGAAGUCGGUAGUCUUGGGCCUGACCCCUGCACAGCUCCAGCCUAGCUGUGGGCCAAGGUCAUGAGCCUCAUGGCCCCACCCCUCCAGUUGUUGCAAGGGCUCUUCGAGCACCUGCAGCAUGAGGCAUUGCUCUAGAUGUCACAGGUGCCUGUGAAAUGGCUAUGUGUCCCGGAGUACCGGCUCCUGUGGGUGUUGUCCUUGCCUUGGCCCCACUUGGAGCCUUAGUUUCUCAAUCUGCGCGGGGUCUAGCUUCUACCCCAUUGUUGCUCACUCACCCUCUUCUUUUCCAGACAUGCUUCAGCUCAUCAACAACCAAGACAGCGACUUUCCUGGCCUGUUUGACCCACCUUAUGCUGGGGGUGGGGCAGGAGUCACAGACCUGGCCAGUCCCGAUGCCAGCUCCUCAGGCAGCUUGUCCCCCCCUCCUGCCACACUGAGCUCCCCUCUUGAAGGCUUCCUGGGGGUGCCCAAGGCAGAGCCCCCACCCUUGUCCCCACCCCAGCCUGUACCCACACCAUUGAAGAUGUACUCAUCUGUGCCCGCCUUCUCUCCUGGGCCUGGCAUCAAGGAAGAGUCAGUGCCACUAACCAUCCUGCAGACCCCUGCCCCACAGCCCCUGCCAGGGGCCCUCCUGCCCCAGAGCUUUCCGGCCCCAACUCCACCGCAGUUCAGCUCUGCCCCUGUGGUGGGCUACUCCAGCCCUCCUGGAGGCUUCUCCACAGGGACCCCUCCUGGGAGCACCCAGCAGCCGCUGCCUGGCCUGCCACUGGCUUCCCCACCAGGGGUCCCGCCUGUCUCCUUGCAUACCCAGGUCCAGAAUGUGGUCUCCCAGCCGCUGCUGACGGCCACAGCAGCCCCUGGAACGACCACUGUGACCUCACAGAUCCAACAGGUCCCGGUCCUGCUGCAGCCUCACUUCAUCAAGGCAGACUCGCUGCUUCUGACAGCCAUGAAGACAGACGGGGCCACUGUGAAGACAGCGGGGAUCAGCUCCCUGGUCCCUGGCACGGCCGUGCAGACAGGGCCCUUGCAGACCCUGGUGAGUGGUGGAACCAUCCUGGCAACAGUGCCAUUGGUUGUGGACGCUGACAAGUUGCCCAUCAACCGGCUGGCAGCCGGCAGCAAGGCCCCAGGCUCAGCUCAGAGCCGUGGUGAGAAACGCACAGCCCACAAUGCCAUCGAGAAGCGCUACCGCUCCUCCAUCAACGAUAAGAUCAUCGAGCUCAAGGACCUGGUGGUGGGCACUGAGGCAAAGCUGAAUAAAUCUGCCGUCUUGCGCAAGGCCAUCGACUAUAUCCGCUUCCUACAACACAGCAACCAGAAACUCAAGCAAGAGAACCUGAGUCUGCGCACGGCUGCCCACAAAAGCAAAUCUCUGAAGGAUCUGGUGUCAACCUGCAGCAGUGGAGAGAACGCCGACUUGCCCAUGGAGGGUGUGAGGUCUGAGGUGGUGGACACGCUGACCCCGCCACCGUCAGAUGCUGGCUCGCCCUCCCAGAGCAGCCCCUUGUCCCUUGGCAGCAGGGGUAGUGGCAGCGGUGGCAGUGGCAGUGGCAGUGACUCGGAGCCUGACAGCCCAGUCUUUGAGGAUAUCCAGGUGAAGCCAGAGCAGCUGCCAUCUCCCCACAGCCGGGGCAUGCUGGACCGCUCCCGCCUGGCGCUGUGUACACUUGUCUUCCUCUGUCUGUCCUGCAAUCCCUUGGCCUCCCUGCUGGGUGGCCAGGGGCUUCCUGGCCCCUCGGAUGCCACCAGUGUCUACCACAGUCCUGGGCGCAACAUGCUGGGCACCGAGGGCAGAGAUGGCCCUACCUGGGCCCAGUGGCUGCUGCCCCCGCUGGUCUGGCUGAUCAAUGGGCUGCUGGUGCUGGUCUCCUUGGUGCUUCUCUUUGUCUAUGGAGAGCCAGUCACGCGGCCCCACUCCAGCCCUGCCGUGCACUUCUGGAGGCAUCGCAAGCAGGCUGACCUGGACCUGGCCCGGGGGGACUUUGCCCAGGCUGCCCAGCAGCUGUGGCUGGCCCUGCGGGCACUGGGCCGGCCCCUGCCCACCUCCCACCUGGACCUGGCCUGCAGCCUACUCUGGAACCUCAUCCGCCUCCUGCUGCAACGUCUCUGGGUGGGCCGCUGGCUGGCAGGCCGGGCGGGGGGCCUGCAAAGGGACUGUGCUCUGCAGGCGGAUGCUCGCGCCAGCGCCCGAGAUGCAGCCCUUGUCUACCAUAAGCUGCACCAACUGCACACCAUGGGGAAGUACACAGGUGGGCAUCUUGCUGCCACCAACCUGGCGCUGAGUGCCCUGAACCUGGCGGAGUGUGCAGGGGAUGCCCUGUCCGUGGCAACGCUGGCAGAGAUCUACGUGGUGGCCGCGCUGAGGGUCAAGACCAGUCUCCCGCGGACCUUGCAUUUUCUGACACGCUUCUUCCUGAGUAGUGCCCGCCAGGCCUGCCUGGCACAGAGUGGCUCAGUGCCUCUUGCCAUGCAGUGGCUCUGCCACCCCGUGGGCCACCGUUUCUUUGUGGAUGGGGACUGGGCCGUGCGCAGUUCCCCGCGAGAGAGCCUGUACAGCUUGGCUGGGAAUCCAGUGGACCCCCUGGCCCAGGUGACUCGGCUAUUCCGUGAACAUCUCUUGGAGCGAGCACUGAACUGUGUAGCCCAGCCCAACCCCAGCCCCGGGUCAGCUGAUGGGGACAGGGAGUUCUCAGACGCACUCGGGUACCUGCAGCUGCUGAACAGCUGUUGUGAUGCUGCCAGCGCCCCUGCCUGCAGCUUCUCCAUCCGCUCCAGUGUGGCCACCAGCACCAGCACAGACAUGGUGGCCAAGUGGUGGGCCUCACUGACAGCUGUGGUGAUCCACUGGCUGCGGCGGGAAGAGGAGGCAGCCGAGCGGCUGUACCCGCUGGUGGAGCACCUGCCCCGUGCCCUGCAGGAGUCCGAGAGACCCCUGCCCAGGGCAGCUCUGCACUCCUUCAAGGCCGCCCGGACCCUGCUGGGCUGUGCCAAGGCAGAGUCUGGCCCAGCCAGCCUGGCCAUCUGUGAUAAGGCCAGUGGGUUCCUGCGGGACAGCCUGGCCACCACACCAGCUGGCAGCUCCAUUGACAAGGCCGUGCAGCUGUUCCUGUGUGACCUGCUCCUCGUGGUGCGCACUAGCCAGUGGCGGCAGCAGCAGCCCCCUGCGCCAGCCCAGGCGUCCCAGGGCGCCACCAGCGGGCCCCAGGCCUCUGCCCUUGAGCUUCGUGGCUUCCAGCGGGACCUGAGCAGCCUGCGGCGCCUGGCGCAGAGCUUCCGGCCUGCCAUGCGAAGAGUGUUCCUCCAUGAGGCGACUGCCCGGCUGAUGGCAGGGGCCAGCCCCACGCGGACGCAUCAGCUCCUGGACCGCAGCCUGAGGAGGCGCGCAGGCCCCAGUGGCAAAGGAGGCGCGGCUGCGGAGCUGGAGCCCCGGCCCACGCGGCGGGAGCACGCCGAGGCUCUGCUGCUGGCCUCGUGCUACCUGCCGCCCGGCUUCCUCUCGGCGCCCGGUCAGCGCGUGGGCAUGCUGGCCGAGGCGGCGCGCACGCUGGAGAAGCUCGGCGAUCGCCGGCUGCUGCACGACUGCCAGCAGAUGCUCAUGCGCCUGGGCGGCGGGACCACCGUCACCUCCAGCUAGACCCUCAGCGUCCCGGGCUCGACUGGCCGCAGGCAACACCGGAGACCCGGAUCUCCACGAUUCACCUGUGGCUGCACGGUCCCGGGGUGGGGGUGGGGUGGGGCUUCGGUGACCUGUCUCUUUCGCUGGGAGGCCAGAGGGGCGCUACCCUCCCACCGCAGCCCGUUCCUAAAGCAGCUGAGCGGCGGCCAGGGUGGUGCUGACCUCUGGUGACCGAUUGCGAGAUUGCAGGGGCCCAGCCUGCCGGGUUUUGCUCGCAGGCACUUCAGUGGCUUUUCCCUCUCCUGUCUACAGCGAAGAGGGGCUACAUUUUGCUUGGCUUUCCCGGUCAGCAAGGGUAGCCCUGCCCCAAGGCUCCUCUUUCCCUUCUAGGGAGACUUGUACAUAGUGUAGAUCAGGGUGUGCCACCCUCCUGGCCUCUGAGGCUCAUGUGCUACUUUCUCUUUCGGAAACUUUAUUUUCAUAGGUUGAGAAGUUUUGUACAGAGAAUAAAAAAUGAAAUUAUUUAUA